AUGUCUACACAAACCAGCACCCAAACAGCAACCGCUACCAGCCCCAUCCUCCGUCUUCGCGGAGGUCCCCCAGCCGCCAGGUCAAAGCCUUACCGCCCACCAGUAUUCGCUACCAAGGAAGAAGAGAGGAAGCACUUGAAAGAAAGACUCGCGGCGUCGUUCAGGAUCUUUUCCAAGCUUGGGUAUGACGAGGGUGUUGCGGGGCACAUCACUGUUCGGGAUCCGAUCAACCCAGAAUCGUUCUGGGUAAACCCAUACGGCGUGGCGUUUGAUCUCCUGACAGUAUCGGACCUGCUGCUGAUCGACCAUAAUGGAAACAUCCUUGAGGGGACUGGAAAGCCUGGAGAUGGCCAAAUAUACAACGCUGCUGGGUUUGCUAUCCACGGAGCUGUUCACAAGCUGCGUCCAGACAUUCACGCCGCUGCGCACAGUCACACCACCUACGGCCGUGCUUUCUCUGUGCUUGGCCGUAACCUCGAUAUCGUCUCUCAAGACGCCGCUGCCUUUGCCGACACUGUCCGCCUAUACGACUCUUUCGGUGGUAUCGUCCUCGACGACGAAGAAGGCCGCAACAUCUGCGCUGCUCUCGGCCCCAACGGCAAGGGCGUCAUCCUCCAGAACCACGGUAUCCUCUCUGCCGCCCAGACUGUCGACGCUGCCGUCGCCUUCUUCGUGCGAUUGGAACAGUUGUGCGAGAGUCAGCUGAAGAGCGACUCGAUCGGGGCGCCGAAGGCGGUCGAGCAGGAGGAUAUUGCGGCGGUGUUUGCGGCGCAUGGAGGAGAGGAGGAAGCGUUCUUCCAGGCGCAGGAGAUGUUUGAGUGGAUCGAGCAUGAGACGGGGGGUGACUACAAGGUCUAG